UCUGAGGUGGGGAGGGAGAAGAAAGAGGAGAGGAGGAAAAGGGAGAGAAAAGCAGACACAACAGAAACGGGGGGAGGACGGUGGAGCAAUUGCGAGAAUUUAAAUUAAAUUACAACUAAGGCUUGCAGAGAGAGAGGAAGAAAUCAAGAUGAUAACGCCCUUCUUCGUGGAGAAUUUCUGGGGUGAAAAAAACAAUGGAUUUGAUGUUCUCUACCAUAACAUGAAGCAUGGCCAAAUCUCCUCCAAGGAGCUGACCGAUUUCAUCAGAGAAAGGGCUACCAUUGAAGAGGUCUAUGCCAGGUCAAUGACUAAACUUGCCAAGUCAGCUGGCAACUUCUCCCAGCUUGGAACAUUCGCCCCUGUGUGGGAUGUCUUCAAGACGUCCACAGACAAGCUGGCCGGCUGUCACAUGGAGCUGGUGCGGAAGUUGCAGGAACUCAUCAAAGAGGUUCAGAAGUAUGUUGAUGAUCAAGCCAAGGCCCACAAAAAGACCAAGGAGGAGGUGGCGUCCACUCUGGAGGCCGUCCAGACCAUCCAGACCACGGCUGUGACCCUACACAAGUCCAAGGAGAACUACAACGCCAAAACUGUGGAGCAGGAGAGACUCCGCAAAGAGGGAGCCACACAGAGAGACUUGGAGAAGGCUGGAGUGAAGGCCAAGAAAGCCACAGAAGCCUACAAAGGCCUUGUGGAGAAGUAUGCUGCUGCCAAAUUAGAGUUUGAACAGAAAAUGGCUGAAACAGCACAGAAAUUUCAGGACAUAGAGGAGAGCCACAUUGUCCACAUGAAGAAUAUCAUUGAGUCGUAUACGCAGUCUGUUGAUGAAACGCACGUUCAGAUCGGAGAGGUCCAUGCUGAGUUUGAGAGGAACAUGGAGAACACCUCGGUGGAGAGCUUGAUCCAGAAACUGUCAGAGAGUAAAGGGACGGGCAGAGAGAGGCCAGGUCCUAUUGAGUUUGAGGAGUGCAACACUGCCAUCGCCUCUGAAGGUGCCAAACCCAGAAAGAGGAAAACGUUUGCCAUUCCUGGCCGCCGGAAAGACAACAAGGAUACAGACUCAACGGAGUCGACUGAAGUUGAAGCUGCUAACAAUGCCAAUGGAGCCCCCCCUGGGUACUAUGGCUCCAUAGACUUCCAGAAUGCUAAUGUCCCCACAGUUGAUGAAGAUGGCUUCUGUAUCAGACCAGAAGACCGCAUUGAAAACGAUGCCAAAGAGAACUCAUUCUAUUCGUCAAGUGACUCGGAGGAUGACGAUGAACCCAGGAAGUUCCGCGUGGAGAUCAAGCCGGUGGCGCCCAAUAACGGGACCCACCAGACACGAGCCUCCAUCGACCAACUCAAGGCCUCCAUCGGAAACAUCAGCCUGUCGCCGCCAACCUCAGGUCAGAUGCGAAGGAACCAAUCCAGCGAUGAGUUGGGAAAGCCCAGGAUGCCAACAUCUCUCAACGACAGUAGACCUGCUCUCAAUAAUGAUCUCCUUUCUCUGGAUCCAUUCGGCCCCAGUCUGAGAGGCACCUCCUCCUCCUCAGUGUCCUCCUCCACAGAGAUCGACUCUCUUUUCCUCUCCGUCCCUCUGUCUCCUCUACAUGAUAACUGGUCCCCUGUCUUAGGGACGCCAGCUGAGGUGGUGCUCCAGCCAGACCUCUCCUCUCCCCCCCUGGCCGACAGCCUGCUGCAGGGCAAAGGAGCAGUUUCCCCUCUGCCUCCUUCCCCCACGUCCUCUCCAUGGGGCUCAGCAGAUGACCCCUUCCAGGCCUUAAAGCCCAUCCCGGCCCGGGCUCGCAGUGCCCCCAUCACUCCGCAGGAUGAGCCCCUGGAACCGGGUGGUCAGGUUUCAGCCGUCCCAGCCCCAGGCCGGCGGCCUCAGGAGGAGUCAGCCUUCUCCUGGUCCCAGAGCCAGUGGAUUGCUUUCAAUGAUGACUUUGUGCCAGUCCAGCGCCAGCAAAGCUGCAGUACGGCUUUGGGUCCAGUCAACCGGGACCGGACCAAGUCGAACCCUCCAACUGGCAGACCCCAGCCUGGACGCUCCAUCCGAUUCUUCUCUGAUGACCCCGCUGACCCCUAUAGGCAGCUGGCUCUGAGCAGUGCGGUUGGUGUCUUUGAGGACAGCACCUCCUGUGUCUCGGAGGUCUUUGCUGCAGCUAGCCAAACGCACAACGUGCCUCCUCUGGCCAGACCAACUACCCCUCUAACUGGAGGCCUGGUUCCUCCUCCACGACCCUCCUCCAGACCCAAACUACCCACAGGAAAACUGACAGGAAUCAAUGAGAUUGUACGGCCGUUCAGCCCGCCUAAGACUCUUUCCAACGCCAGUCCUCCUCCAGCAGCUCCUCUGGCCCGGGCGGAGAGCUCCUCCUCCCUGUCCUCCAGUGCCUCCCUCAGUGCCUCCAACACACCCACCGUAGGACCAGACCGUACGUUCCGCCCUUCUCUCUCCUCUCCAGAACCAGAGUUCCUCCUUUCUCCCUCUCCUCUGUUCCUCCUCAGCCAAAAGGAUGAGGUUUUCAUUGGGAAGCUGCCCACCUUUGAAAAGCGCUGUGAAACUCCUGCAGGGACGUCUCGCGGCCCUAGCCCAGUGACCCUGUCUUCCCAGGAUGCCUUGCCCAUUGCUGUGGCCUUCACAGAGUCGGUUAAUGCCUACUUCAAAGGAGCUGAUCCCACUAAGUGCAUAGUGAAGAUCACGGGGGACAUGACUCUGUCUUUCCCAAUGGGUAUCAUCAAGGUGUUCACCAGUAACCCCUCCCCUGCCGUGCUCACCUUCAAACUGAAGAACACCUCCAAGCUGGAGCAGGUCCUCCCGAACCAGACUUUGCUGUUCAGUGAUCCCUCACAAAGUGACGCUAACUCCAAGGACUUUUGGUUCAACAUGCAAGCCCUCACAUCCUACCUCAGGAAAGCGUCUGAGCAAAACCCUGCCGCAUCCUAUUACAAUGUGGACAUUCUCAAAUACCAGGUGUCCUCUAAUGGGAUCCAGUCAACGCCUCUGAACUUAGCAGUGUACUGGAAGUGUACCCCAUCUACCACUGACCUGAGGCUAGACUAUCGUUACAACCCAGAGUCCAUGCUCUGCCCUGGGCCUCUGUCCAACGUACAGGUCCUGGUGCCUGUGGACGGAGGGGUCACCAACAUGCAGUCCCUGCCCACAGCUGUCUGGAACUCGGAGCUGAAUAAGACCCUCUGGAAGCUCAGCGAUAUCUCUGAGAGGUCUGAUAAUGAAGGCUCCGGCUCUCUGAGGGCUAAGUUUGAGCUGUCCGAUGGGCCGUCCUCCCCCUCCACCCUAGCGGUGCAGUUUGUGAGCGAGGGGAGCACGCUGUCCGGCGUGGACAUGGACCUGCUGGGGACUGGAUACAGGCUCUCCCUCAACAAGAAGAGGUUUGCAACAGGUCGUUACAUGGCAGAGUGUUGAGUAGACCUCCCUGGACCAUCACACUCAACGGCUGUACUGAAAGUUUCUUUUCAAUAUUUUAGUCUUUUUUUUUUUUUUUUUUUUGGACCUAUUUAUGGUAGAUGCAACCGGUUUUUGUGGCGCAGCCAGACGUUUUAGGAAACAUGUUUGAGUUAUGUCCCAGGGCUCCUCAUCUGGGGAUGAGGAAAGAGAGCUUCUUACUGCAGUAAAGCAGCACUGAGUAUUGAACACUGUUUAAAAAAUUUAAAUAAAUCCAAGUUUGGGCUGUCAGGAAAUGUAAAUGUAUAGAUAUAUACUUUCUGCUAAAUUCAGACUUUUAUAAAGUCAGAACAAUAGUGUUUUGUUAUGUAUAGACAACAAUGUAUGAAUAUAUAUAUAUAUAUAUAUAUAUAUAUAUAUCUCAAAAAAGAAAAAAUCCCAAAAAAGGAAAAAAAUCUGCACUAACAAUGUUUCCGGCCAUUCAUUUGUGUUUUUUUUUUUCUCCUUUCCUUUGUAAAUGUGUGUGUUGUGUAUUCCACUGAAGGUCUUUAACAAAGAUUCUGGAUAAUACAGUGAGACAAGAAAAGAUGGGAGGCGGAGGAGGAUGGGGAGGUCCCACUUUCCUCCCUAAUUCUCUCCAUGAAUUAGUCAACAUUUAAAUUUUUUUUUCUGCUUUCUUUUUAUUUCAAUUAUGUGCAAUGAAGAAAUGAAGGUAUAAGUUGUCUUAAACUGAACUGAUUCUCUCAAAUGUUCUCAUGCUUAAUCGGUUCUCUUGCAAUGACUGGUAAGGAUAAACAGUCAGUUUUAAAUGUUCUCAUUUAGAAGCAAAAACAAACAAACAGUACUUCAGUGACCUCAGUGCCUCUUUCUUACUGUGGAUGAAUUGAAAAACGUGCCUCUUUUCUCUAUGCCUUUUUGUAUGU